AUUACAGGAGAAGCACAGAGUGUCUGCACUCUCCUUUCUCUGGCCAGCACUCUCCUCCCACGGACUGGGACCCGGGGACAUUCUGCGAAAUGACCACCCAAGAAGAGGAGGAGGAGGAGGUUUCCCAGGUUGAUUAUGAAUUGGCCACAGAAAUGACUCUGUUCCUGGGCAUAGAUGCCAUGGUAUAUAUGAAGGAACAAGAGGAGGAAGAGCACAGAGAACGUGUGAAAAUGAAGAAAGGCUUCAACUGCCGAAUGCGCAGUGAAGCCAGCCGGUUGAGGACUUUUGUGACCUACCAGGUGUACAGCUCGUGGACACCUCAGGACAUGGCAGCAGCUGGCUUUUACUUCACUGGGGUGAAGACCGCAGUCCAGUGCUUCUGCUGCAGCCUAAUCCUCUUUGGCACCAGCCUCAAGAAGUUCCCCAUACAGAGCCACAGGGAGCUCCGUCCAGGCUGCCAGUUCCUUCUGGGCAGAGAUGUCGGUAACAUCGGCAAGUACGAGGUGCGGGUCAAGACUCCGGGGAAGAAGCGGAGCGGGGACACAGCAGGGUAUGGAGAAGAGGAGGCCAGACUCAAGUCCUUCGGGGACUGGCCCUUCUAUGUCCAGGCAGUGUCCCCACAGCUGCUCGCGGCUUCUGGCUUCUUCUUUACAGGUAAGAGGGACACUGUGCAGUGCUUCUCCUGCGGCGGAUGCCUCGGAGACUGGGAGGAAGGAGACGAUCCCUGGCAGGAGCACGCCAAGUGGUUUCCCAAAUGUGAAUAUCUCCAAAGUAAGAAGUCCUCAGAGGAAAUUGCCGACUAUAUCCAGAGCUACCAGGGAUUUGUUGACGUAACGGGAGAACAUUUUAUGAAUUCCUGGGUCAAAAGAGAAUUACCUAUGGCAUCAGCUUAUGACAACAACAGUGUCUUCGCUAAUGAAGAACUUCGAAGGGAGACUUUUAAGAACUGGCCACACCGAGAGUUCCUGCAGGCAGUAGACGCCCUGGUCAGAGCUGGUCUCUUCUACACAGGGGUGGAGGACGAGGUGCAGUGCUUUUCCUGUGGCGGAUGCAUGAAAAACUGGCAGGAAGGGGACGACCCCUUAGCAGAUCACACCAAGUACUUCCCCAGUUGUCCAUUUCUCCAAAAUAUGAAGUCCUCUGCAGAAGCAAUUCCAGACCUCCAAGGAUGUGGUGAACUCUCUGAAAUAAUGGAACCCACCAGUGAAACUAAGCUUGAAGGACCCACAGCAGUUAGUUCUCUACCACCAGCGGUGGUCCUGGGGGAAGCCCUGUGGUUUCAAGAGGCAAAGAGUCUGAGUGAGAAGCUGAGAGCCACUUACAUCAGUGCCCAUUUCCGCCGCUUGUCACUGCUUAAGAGCCCUUGGGACCUCCCCUCUGAUCGCCUGCUGGGCUGUGACCUGGCCCUCACUGCCAAGCGUGUCAGCAGUCCUGUGCAGGAGCCCCAGACGCUGCCUGAGGUCUUAGCCAACUUGCACUCAGUCAUGAGUGUGGAGGGUGUAGCUGGCAGUGGGAAGACGGUCCUCCUAAAGAAGAUUGCCUUUCUCUGGGCAUCGGGGUGCUGUCCCUUGUUGAACAGGUUCCAGCUGGUCUUCUACUUGUCCCUCAGUUCUGUCAGCCCAGACCAAGGGCUGGCCCACGUUAUCUGUGACCAACUCCUGGCAACAGGAGCUGUGAGUGAAAUGGGCCUGAAGAACAUCACCCGGCAGUUAGGGCACCAGGUCUUAUUCCUGCUGGAUGAUUACAAGGCAAGGGGCUCAGUCCCCCAAGUCAUGGAAACACUGAUCCAAAGAAGCCACUUGUCACGGACCUGCCGAUUAAUUGCUGUCCGUACAAACAAGGGAAGGCACAUCCGCAGGCACCUACAUACAAUUCUGGAGGUCAGAGAGUUCCCCUUUUACAACACCAUCUCUAUAUUAAGGCAGCUCUUUCCACAGGACCAGCUUCUGCUGCGGAGGUUCAUGGCGCAUUUUGGGAAGAACCCACACAUGCAAGGGAUUCACAAAACACCUCUCUUUGUGGCAGCAGUGUGUGCUUUCUCUCAACCUUUCAAUCUCUUUCAGUCUUUUGACCAUAUGGCUAUUUUCAAGGCCUACAUGGAAUGUCUUUUCUUAAAGCACAAAACUGAAACCGAGCUUUUCAGAAGAACUGUGUCGUCCUGUGGGGAACUGGCCCUGAAAGGUUUUCUUUCAUUUUGUUUUGAGUUUAGUGUUGACGACCUUACAGAAGCAGGAGUUGAUGAAGAUGAGGAUCUCACUAUGUACUUGCUGAGUAGGUUUACAGCCCAGAGACUGAGACCAGUCUAUAAGUUUUUAAAUCCUGCAUUUCAAGAAUUUCUUGCUGGGAAGAGGCUGAGUGAACUGCUGGAUUCAGACAGGCAGGAAGAUCAGGAUUUGGGACUUUAUUAUUUGAAACAAAUUAACUCACCCCUGAUGGCUGUAAGCUAUGACAAUUUUUUAAAGUAUGUUGCCAGCUACUCUUCAACAAAGGUGGGGCCACACAUGGUAUCUCAUUUGCUUCAUUUGGUGGACAGCAAAGAGUCAUUGGAAAAUCCCCCCGGAAAUGGUGACCGCCUACAGUUCAAAGAGGAAAUGACACUGGAUGAACAGCUGAUAAGGGCUGUGUGGCAGCUGAGUCCAGAGCAUUGCUUUGCACUGCUGUCAGAACGAUUGUGGGAUUUUGCCGUCACGAUUGCUUAUGAAAGCAAUACGGUUGCUACAUGUGCUCCAUUGAUUUCGAAAUUCCUUCAAGGGAGAUCCCUGACCUUGAAGGCACUUAGCUCACCAUAUUUCUUUGACCACCCAGAAAGCCUCUGCGUGCUGAAGAGUGUCACACUCUUGCUAACUGGCAAUGAGCCGAGACUUGGACUCUCAGAGAGUGAAAUCCUGGAAGGACACUUCGACAGGUCCCAGAUGCCGACAAUAGAUCGGGACUAUGCUUCCGCCUUUGAAAAUAGCAAAGAAUGGGAGCGGGAUUUAGCGGAGAAGGAAAAGAACAUCAGGCGUUUCCAGAAGAUCAGGAUCCAGCAGCUGCCUCACCUCAGCGGCGGCUACUGGCAGCUCCAGCCCCAGCAGCCCAAGCUCCCCCUGCUGCAGGUGCACGUUACCGGCCACAGCGCGGCCGGGCCCGAGAUGCUCGCGUUGCUCGCGGCCGCCUUCUCCGCCUCCCAGCGCGUCGAGCUCCACCUGGAGGCAAGCGCUGGCUUCCUGGAGAGCAUCCGGCCCGCGCUGGAGCCCUGCAAGGCCGCCGUCACUAAGUGCGCCCUGGGAAGCGUCCCGCUCAGCGCCGCCGAACAGCAGCUGCUGCUCGCCCUGCCCGCCUUGGAGUCCCUCGAAGUCUCAGGCUCCGGCCAGGUCCCAGACCAAAUCUUCUCUAACCUGGACAAGUUCCCAAGCCUGAGAGAACUGUCUGUGAAUCUGUAUGGCAAACAUGAUGUUUUUUCUCUCCUUCCUGAGGAAUUCUCAAACCACCACAUGGAGAAAUUACUGAUACAAAUUUCAACUGGGCGUGGUGCUUCCAAACUAGUCAAAUUGAUUGAGAAUUCCCCAGACCUUCGUAUUUUCCAUCUGAAUUGCAAUUCCUUGCCAGAUUUGGAGUCUCUCAUGACCACACUGGCUUCCUGCAAGAAACUCAAUGAAAUUAUAUUUUCUGGACAUUUUUUUGAUGCCAUCCCAUUUGUCUCUAUUUUGCCCAAUUUUACUUUUCUGAAGAUACUAAAUCUGUCAGAGCAACAAUUUCCUGAUACAGAGACAGCAGAAAAAUUUGCUGACGCGCUGGGCUCUCUCACGAACCUGGAAGAGCUGGUCCUUCCAACUGGGGACAAGAUUUACCAGGUGGUGAAACAGAUCAUCCAGCAGUGUCAGCGGCUUUUGUGCCUCCGUGUCCUGUCCUUUCUCAACAUUCUGAAUGACGACAGCGUGGUGGAACUCGCCAAAGUAUCAAUCAGUGGAGGUUUCCAGAAACUCGAGGACCUAAAUCUUUCAGUCAAUCACAAGAUUACACAGGAUGGCUACAGGAAUUUCUUUCAGGCCCUGGACAACCUGCCCAAUUUGAGAGAGCUGGCUAUCUCCAGGCACUUCUCCGAGUGCCUCACAGCUCAGCCCAGCACUAUCAAGGCCCUCAGCCAGUGUGUGUCCCGCCUGCCCUGCCUGCUGUACCUGCACAUGCUGGGCUGGCUCCUGGAUGCAGAAGAUGUCGCCCUGCUUGACGCUGUGAAAGAAAGACACCCUCAAGCUAGUCGCUUGCAUAUUUUGUGGAAAUGGAGAUUGCCGUUCUCUCCAAUCAUUCAGAACUGAAGCCUUCAGACGGGGUGAGCUGACGCAGCCCUGUACCCUGUACCCAAGGCAGAGGGGGCAGUGGGCACAGUGACUGUGUUUCGAGAAAGAGGCCUUGGGAGAAAUACGGUUAUUGUAUAUAUCUAAGGUGUACCAAUAAACUUAAAUGACAUUUAGUAAAAACUGUCAAAGUAAUUCUAGAAACCUAAUUAUCAAACACAUUUUAGUAACUACUGCACACCAGAGUAUUCAAUACACAGAAUGGUCAUAUUCAUCAUAGGAAACUGGUACUUGUACAUGGUAUCUAUGUCUAUCUAUAUUUAUUUUUGGUAGCAGGAAUUAAACUCAGGACCUUGCACUUGCCAGGCAGGUGCUUGGGCGGCUGAACUAUCUCCUCCAAUAACAUAUUAUUACAUGUGAUGUAUUUUGAUUCCUCUUUUUCCCUUCCCUCCUCCCUCCUCCUUUCAACCUGUCUUCCUCUCCCU